AUGCGGCGCUGCCCGACAGCUGAGCCCCCCAGGGCAAGAGAGCGGGAGCGGCCGCCCCGAGGAGGAAGCCGCCCUCCCGGGCCCCGUCGGGCAAGGGCAGCGACGGACGGGCGUGGCCGGGGCUGCUGCGAGGCGAGCGGCCGGGCUGCCCCACCCCGACCCCGGGGAUCCCCGUCUCGCCGUCCCCUUUACCGUGCCCGAUCGCGGCGGCGGCUCCGUGUGUGGCGCGUCCCGUCGGCUCGGCUCCUCCCCGCCGCUCCCUCGGGCGGCUCCCGCCGGAGACCGCCCCCUCCCGGCCUCCGCUCCCCUCCGACGGCCCCGCCGCUCCCGCCCCGCCCGGCAGCAGAGGCUCCGCAGCAGCGGCCACGGGCGCCACCAGGCGGCGCUGCAGGCCCGGGCGCCCCGCCUCCGUCCCAGGCAGGCCCCCUGGCCGGGCGGCGGCCCAGGCCGGACUCCGCUCCCCCCGCCCGCCCGCCCGGCGCGCCCCAGGCCCGGGGGUCUCUCUCCGCCCUCGCCCUCCCAGGGCGCCCCUUCCUCCGGCGCCCCUUGCUGGGGCGGCCUCCGGGCGGCAGGGGGAGCCCGCGGGCCGCUCUGGCGGUGCUCUCUAGAGGGCAACCCGGAGAGCCGGAACUUCCGCCGGCGUGA